AUGGAAGGCGUGCUUAACACAGCUCAGACUAUCCUCACCGGAUACGAUGUAACACUUCAAAGGCAGAUACGCAGCGAAGAGCGGGCAUGGAGAGCGGAGGACCUGGCGUACCGGCAGCACGAGCGCGAGCUAGCCCGCCAGGAGCAGCAGUUCAUGCUGGAGGAGAGAGCUUUCCUUGCAACGCAAAUUCAACAGGCACACUUGGACAAUGCCAGGGCCCUGUGGCAGCGAUUUGUCAAUCGCAACCGGGCGGAGGUUCAGGAGAAGGCCGAGCAGCUUAAGGCGCUAAGUGCGCUGGCAGCGCUCCUUGCGGGAUUCGCGCUUGUUAGGUACGUGGAGCAUCGUGUUCGGGUUUUGGGCACACAUGCUGUGCAUGAUCCCUGUGCCGAUGAUAAUCGCCGCUACCCGAAGUGCAGUUUCUUAGAGUUCCAGUUCGUCGUCGACGCCAACUACAACCGCGCCUUGCUGCCGCUGUUCGCCCUGACUACAAGUAUAACGGUAGGGGUUGAAGUUGCGGCGGUGGUACUCUGCAGCCUUAUGCUGGCGAGCAUCAUGCGGAUUGGGAAGAUGUAUGUCAAUGAGCAGGAAGAGGCAGAGUUCAUGCAUCGGUGCCAGAUCUUCAUCACACAAUAUCGGCCACCAGCACCCUCGCGGACCUUUUCUGCUUACUGGGCUCACCGUUGUGAGAAGGAAUGGAGCACAGCGUUCCGGCUCUUCUCCAUCGGGGCUCCCUGCUUCUUCAUUAACCUGGCACUUGCUGGCUGGAUUAAGUUCCACCAAGCGCCAACUCCCACGGCUGCCGGCCUUGUGACCUGUUGCAUGGGCAUCGCGCUCCUUUGGAACCUGUACACGCACCGCAAGUGGGGCAAGUACCUACUGCAGGACGAAGCAGCAGAACAGGUGACACACGGAUGCGUGCGGCGGCGAAUGUUCUACCAAUUUCCAUUACCGGUUGCGCCAGACUGCACGUGUAUAAUGGGCCGGCUUCUAGUACUCCCUCAGCCAAUCAGCGGGUGUUUGUAGAGGGCCCACUAACGCUAAAGGAGGACGCACUGGAGCGUU